CUGUUCAUUCCAAAAUUGUUCAUCAAACUGGCAAAGACGUGUUCUCGUUAAACGAAGCUUUUUCGCGACGUACCCCAUAUUUUUCACCUCACUCGAAUUAAAUAAAGAAAAAGUGUAUAGAAAUUGUUAAAAAUUCAAAGUAAAAGUGAUUUUUGGAUAAAGAAACAACAGCGAAGCAACGUCAAUGCAAAAUCGAAUAAAUUAUAUAAGGAAAAUCAUGAUAAAAUAUGCUGUAACAGAAUAAUAGUUACACAAUUGGUUUGGAGCACAACAAAGAGAAGUGAAUCUGUCAAAAAUAGAGAAAAAACUGCAACGAAUUUUUAUUUGGAGCAAAAACGUGAUACAUUUGUCUGUGGAAAUUUCAUCAUCUGAAUAUUUUGCAAGCCAGCCGCAACUACAGCCAGCCAGUGUUUGAGUGUAGAGACAACGAAUCAGCUGAAUUCAAAUAAAUAGAAAAAAGUGACUAAUCAAGAAAUUCCCACAAGAAGAUGUGCUUCAAUAGCUUCCAAACAAAUAUAGAUUUAGUUAGAAACAAUAAAGGAAGCAGUUGUAGGACUAUUGAAUCUAACAAAUUCAGUCACGCUCUACUUGUCCAAUUGAGUCUACUAAAUACAACAACAAAAAGGGACAAUCUUUGAUUUGCACAGACAACAAAAAAUCGCAAAAAGAAUACCAAAGAUAUAAUUUAAUUUAGAGAAAACAAAGAAAAACAAAAGUUACAACAACUUAGAUCAAAUAAAUCCAAUGACCCCAUCCUAAAAAUCAACAAAAAUAUAUCUCCACACACACGCAUACUACUACUAGAACAAAGACGAAAAGCAGAGUUGAGUGAUUAAAGUUUAAAGCAAAAUUUAGCACAAUUGAUUUCUAUCCAAAAUUAUAAAAAAAACGUGAUACAGUUUUUUCCAUUUGCCAAUCCACAAACGAAGCACAAGAAGUGAGAAGAGUGCAAGCAGUAUACAAAGGCGCAGCACGGGCAGACAGGCAUAGUAACAAAAUAAUAAUAAAUACGAAGAGCAAAAAUACCACACAGCAACAACUUGCCCCCAGAACUGCAACAACAAAUCCAUACACAAGCACGAUUUAUCACAGUACAAAGAAGUAGAAGGAGAAGACAGACGAGACGUGUAUAGCUAAAGUCUAGAAGAGACUACAACGAAAAAAGAGAGAAGCAUAAUAAAAAAGCUAUAAACAGGCAGUGUUGCUAACACAAAAUUUUUUGGAAAAUUUCCUAAAAAAUAAUCUUCAAAAGUUCCUAAAUUUAUAUACAUAUACAUUUUUUAUAACAACAACGACUACGAAUAACAGAGUGGUACAAUUUAUAAUGUCUGCUGCCAUGAGUCCUGCAAAGCCAACUAAUGGUGCCGCCGCGGCUGCGACUGCCUCAUCAACAAAUGGCAAAUUCAAACUGGCAACACAUGUUAAAUACGAGCAUUUAGUAGCUGGAAUUUCGGGUGGCGUGACCUCAACGUUGAUAUUGCAUCCCUUGGAUUUGAUCAAAAUUCGUUUUGCAGUAAAUGAUGGACGUACUGCAGCUGUACCACAAUAUCGUGGUUUGGGUAGUGCGUUUGCAACCAUUUUCCGUCAAGAAGGUUUUCGAGGUCUCUACAAGGGUGUAACACCAAAUGUUUGGGGUUCCGGUUCAUCAUGGGGUCUGUACUUUAUGUUUUACAAUACAAUCAAAACAUUCAUCCAGGGUGGCAAUGCCACCCUCCCAUUGGGUCCAUCUAUGCAUAUGUUGGCUGCCGCCCAAUCGGGUGCACUAACCUUAGUCCUGACGAAUCCCAUUUGGGUGGUUAAGACCCGCCUAUGUCUACAAUAUGGUGGAGCUGAUGGCAAAUCUGCAGAAUACCGUGGUAUGGUACAUGCGCUGGCGCAAAUUUACAAAGAAGAGGGCAUUAGAGGCUUAUAUAAGGGUUUUGUUCCUGGCAUGCUGGGCGUUUCUCAUGGUGCCAUUCAAUUUAUGACAUAUGAAGAAAUGAAAAACUGCUACAAUGAAUAUCGAAAAUUACCAAUCGAUACGAAACUGGCAACAUCGGAAUAUUUAGCAUUUGCAGCUAUAUCAAAACUAAUUGCAGCUGCCGCCACAUAUCCCUAUCAAGUUGUGCGUGCCCGUCUUCAGGAUCAUCAUCACAGUUAUCAGGGAACAUGGGAUUGUAUUAAACAAACAUGGAGUUUCGAAGGUGCCCGGGGCUUUUAUAAGGGUUUGCAGGCGAGCCUAUACAGAGUUGUACCGGCCACAAUGAUCACCUUUGUGGUUUAUGAAAAUGUUUCCUAUUAUUUAUUGCAACGUUCCAAAGAGAAGAAACUGGCCUAAAUUGCAAAAAGAAAGAAAGCAAGAAAAAUGGCAACAGCGUUCCUCUAUUUUUAGUUUUAAAAGAAUAUUUUACCAGUGUGUUUUAAUUUGUCGUCUUGUCAACCAAUUAGCUUUACCCCUUAAACCAUAGAUAGCUAAGCUUUUAUAUUAAAUUAAGAUUGUUAUUGUUGUGUGAUUAUCAUCAGGUCAAAGCGCAGAAGGUGUGACUUAUUAUAUUUAUUAUCAUAUCAUUUUUGCUGAUAUGUCCCAUAUUAACCCGUACUAACCCACCCCCACACAAAAUGUAAUGAAAUAAAUAAUUGUUGUUUUAUUCGCAGCUAAAAACGAUCAAAUCGCAAACGCUUAAA